UCUUUCUUUUUUCUUUUGCCCUGUGAUGCGUCUGAGAUUCUGACCAGCGUGGACCAUGGAGGUGCAGGAUUGCAGCCAUAGCUGCUGGGAGGACUCUGGUCAUGAGGCUCCACACAGAUCGGUUUCGUUAAAGGAGCAGGACAGAUUAAACCGGCAUGUACAGUCUGCAUUGGCUGCCAAGGGGGCACUUAGCUCGGUGAUGAAUUAGAUUGAUCUCCUGUUCUUCUUCGCUGUAGCACACGAGGAGACAAAGGAAUGACUGGUUGUGGUAGGGGAGCAAUAUUUGCUUCAGUCAGAAUUCUGGACAGAGCGACAGCAUGGGAAGGCAGGCUUUUGGUUAUGAAACGGCUGGACAGCGUCUGUGCAUGGAUUUUUGUGUGAAAGCUCGGGUGGCACUUCAGGGACCUGCUGCUUUUCUUUAAGGAUUCCCGCCUCCUCUCUUUCUUUUUGGCAAUCCUGGGUCUUCUGAUUACGCCUGCGUUCUUUGGGCUCCCACCCCCCAUUCCCUCUUUUUGUGCCACAGCAUGGAACGUCUUUUGUUUCAGUUAAAUUCAGACCUCUCAAUCUGUCACCUGACAGUCUUGUGGUUCUGGAUAAAUGUGGUUCAUUUCUAUUAUUAACCUGGGUUGGCAGCUGGUCUUCUUAACAGGACGCUAGAGAGAUUCUGAAAAGUGGAGCUCGCUUAUGGGACAAAGAUGCUUCCCAGCUGGCCUUUACCGGAGUUUGAUCCAAGUCAGAUCCGACUAAUUGUAUACCAGGACUGCGAAAGAAGAGGACGAAACGUUUUAUUUGACUCCAGUGCUAAGAGAAGAAAUGAAGAUGCAUCAAUUUCAAAACUCUGCAGUGACGCACAGGUGAAAGUCUUUGGAAAAUGCUGCCAGCUCAAACCAGGAGGAGACAGUUCCUCUUCUUUGGACAGUUCGAUCAAUUCUUCGUCUUCUUCCUCUGAAACAAAAGAGCAAUGUCCAAAAUUUCAGGGCUCCCGGUGCUCCUCAGAUGCAAACAUGCUCGGGGAGAUGAUGUUUGGCUCUGUGGCCAUGAGCUACAAGGGCUCAACCUUAAAGAUCCAUCAAAUUCGCUCCCCUCCACAACUCAUGCUAAGCAAAGUUUUUACAGCUCGAACUGGAAGCAGCAUUUAUGGAAGUUUAAACACCCUUCAAGACAGUCUCGAGUUCAUUAAUCAAGACAGCAAUACUCUGAAGCCAGAUCACAGCACAAUUGUGAACGGACUCCUUGGAAACAUAGGUUUUUCACAGCUUUGCAGCCCUAGGCGGGCAUUCUCUGAACAAGGUCCGCUCCGCCUGAUCCGGAGCGCCUCUUUCUUUGCAGUUCACAGCAAUCCGAUGGACAUGCCAGGGAGGGAGUUGAAUGAAGACCGAGAUAGUGGAAUUGCAAGAUCAGCCUCUCUCAGCAGCUUGCUUAUUACUCCAUUUCCCUCUCCGGGCUCUUCGCUAAACAGAAGCUGUGCUAGCAGUUACCAACGGCGCUGGCGUCGCAGUCAGACAACAAGCCUGGAGAAUGGAGUCUUCCCUAGGUGGUCAGUGGAAGAAAGCUUCAAUUUGUCUGAUGACAACUCCAGCCCAAACCCAGGAAUCGUCAGGAAAAAGAAAAUUGCCAUUGGAGUGAUAUUCUCACUCUCGAAGGAUGAGGAAGAAAACAGCAAAUUUAAUGAGUUCUUUUUCUCACACUUCCCUCUUUUUGAGAGCCAUAUGAACAAAUUGAAGAGUGCAAUAGAACAGGCUAUGAAAAUGAGUCGUCGAUCAGCUGAUGCCAGCCAGCGGAGUUUGGCAUAUAACAGGAUUGUAGAUGCCUUGAAUGAAUUCAGAACAACAAUUUGUAAUCUGUAUACCAUGCCACGGAUUGCGGAACCUGUUUGGCUUACCAUGAUGUCAGGGAUGCCAGAGAAAAACCAGCUCUGCCAUGGCUUUAUGAAGGAAUUUGCUUUCUUAAUGGAACAAGCCUCCAAGAACCAAUUUUUACCAGCUCUUCUCACUGCAAUUUUGACAAACCACCUGGCCUGGGUCCCAACUGUCAUGCCAAACGGGCAACCACCCAUCCGGAUCUUUUUAGAAAAGCAUUCCUCACAAAGUGUGGACAUGUUGGCUAAGUCUCACCCAUACAAUCCAUUAUGGGCACAGUUAGGAGAUCUGUAUGGAGCUAUUGGGUCCCCUGUGAGGCUAGCAAAAACAAUUGUGGUUGGCAAAAGACAAGAUCUUGUGCAACGUUUGCUCUACUUCCUCACUUAUUUCAUACGAUGCUCUGAGCUGCAAGAGACUCACCUUCUGGAAAAUGGAGAAGAUGAAGCUAUUGUGAUGCCUGGCACUGUUAUCACCACCACCCUCCAGAAAGGGGAAGUAGAGGAGUCCGAGUACGUGCUGGUCACAGUGCACAAGAACAGGGGCAAUUUGACCUCACAAGAGCCAGAAGAAGUGAGAACAUCUAAUUGUAGCUGUAAAUAUUGCAAGCCCCCCCUUAAUUCUCAUCAGAGCACAGAGGGUGUUUCAAGAGAGGAGAGAGAAGAUUCACAGAGUACCCCAAAGGUGGAGAUGGAGGAUGCUUCAGGUGAAAGCCAAGCUGCACCAGUUGACGGCCAAGAAGGGUCUGCAGAAGUGAAGCAAUGCAAAGAGGCAUCAACCUCUUGCCUAGGUAUCAAGUUAGAGCGAGUGCUUUUCACUGGGUCAGCCUCAGCAGAAACGUGUGUAUUGGCAGAGUCCAGAUUGGAGCACACAGAUGGAUCAUGGAGGAGUGAGACAUCCCUGGAGUCUGACAAUCAGUCAGUUGAAGUGACAAGAUCAACAAGUACAAUGAUAGAGAAGAAGCCACCUGAUAAAAUUUCAUCAGAUGCAAUUCCUUGCAGCACUGCUGAAGGUCAGAUGAAGGUGACUUUCCUUAUUGGAGAUUCCAUGUCGCCUGAUUCAGAUAUUGAGGUUCGAAGUCAAGCAAUAGUAGAACAAAUAGCCAGGCAUAGCAGCGAGAUGGAAGCUGAAGAAAGAGUAACUCCUGAUCAGGAUCAGGAAGCAAAGCAAGCCCUUGAGGACCAAAAAGGAAAUCAGAAUCUGCCUGUUGAGCUCCAGAAUUGGAACCCUUACAGUGCAGAAAGUGCAAAUCUGCUUGAUGCGUAUUUUACUGAGGAACACUCUGUUCAAACUAGGACUGUUGACAAUAUUCCAUUGAAAGCAACAACAGACAUUCUAGAUCCUAGCAGUAGAUUAGAAUUUCCUCCCAAAACUUGUACAAAAAGCAAGAAAUCACCCAGUGAGUUUUGUAAGUUUAUGGAAUCUGUCCGUCAAGAGACUUGCAAAAACUGCUUUGCAGAUCAGGACCAAAGAGACAAUGUCUCUGUGUUUGUCCCCUGUGGGGAUAGAGAGAACUUAGAAAAAAAGGCUGAUCCCGGGGUGGAUUGGGACAUUCCAAGAAAUGAGAGUUCAGAUAGUGCCCUUGGGGACAGUGAAAGUGAAGAUGCAGGGCACGAUGUGGCCAGAAGAGAUAGAAACUAUUAUGGCGCAGAACAAGAAGAAUGGGCAGAAGAAGAGGAAAUAUCUUUUCCUGGGUCAAAAUUAAUUGAAGUGAACUCUGUCCAGCCCAGUAUUGCCAAUUUUGGAAGGUCCUUGCUAGGUGGCUACUGUUCAUCUUACGUACCAGACUUUGUUUUGCAAGGCAUAGGAAAUGAUGAGAAACUGAGACACUGUUUGAUGUCAGAUUUAUCGCAUGCUGUGCAGCACCCAGUUCUGGAUGAACCAAUUGCAGAAGCUGUCUGCAUUAUUGCAGACACGGAUAAAUGGACAGUGCAAGUGGCCAGUAGCCAGAGGCGAGUCAUCGAUAACAAACUUGGGAAAGAUGUGCUCGUCUCUAACCUUGUCUCCAACCUCCUUCAUUCCACUCUUCAGCUUUAUAAGCAUCAUUUAUCUCCAAAUUUUUGUGUAAUGCACUUGGAAGAUCGGUUGCAGGAGCUGUAUUUCAAGAGCAAGAUGUUGUCAGAAUAUCUCAAAGGCCAGAUGCGAGUUCAUGUCAAGGAGCUCGGAGUGGUACUAGGGAUUGAAUCCAGUGACCUCCCUUUGCUAGCAGCUGUAGCAAGCACCCACUCUCCAUACGUUGCCCAGAUUCUGCUCUAAAAUACCAAAGGGCAAAGACAAUAACUUUCUUUUUAUAAAAUAGAAGGCCAGGAAACAGACAUGAAUUGCUCUUGUCUGGCUGUUUCUUGCCCGUAGGCAAAGGAACUGAGCAGCUUGCUGGCAUGACUGUGUGCCUCAGCAACUGAAUGCAUGAAGUGCAAGCAAAGGGACUUCAGUCUAUCUUCCUUCAUUGCCUGUUUUUAAAGAAAGAAAUGAAAAACAAGACCAGAGACUCAGAUCCUUGAAGAAGACACUAGAACUUGAAGGACUGUAAAAUAUCUUGGGCAAUUUCUGCCAAAAGGGAUGUAACUAAAAACUGUUAAAUUACAAGAUUACCAGGAUGAAGAUCUGUUUGUUCCACAACCUUUCUCAGUGCUUUUACUGUUUAUACAAGAGAAAUGGAACCAACUGGCUACUUGAUAGCAAUUAGAGAUCAUCUAAAAUCCAUAAUGAUAAACAUACAGCUGUUUGUAACAGGAUUGACCAUUUCUGCAAUAAAGGUUAGAUGCUGAAGAUCUCCCUUCCUCCCAGGGGGAAAUGCAGUUUAAAGGCAUGUAGGCAUUUGGGAACAUACUCUACUAAUAACACUUGGUUCAGAAAUGUAUUUGUAGGUACCUUCCCAGGGAGAAAAGGCUGAGAUAAACAAACCAAGCCAUGUGUCGAAAUUCUUUUUAAUUUGAAUGUAUAACUAACAACACUUUUGAUGUUC